AUGCGACAGCUGAAAACCAUCGAGAUGCUUCGUCUGAGUGAUCUUGAGGGCAAAAUAUUCACAUUUCUUAAGAAUGAGCUGGAGAAGUUUAAGAAACUAUUACAAAAAGAGAACACACAAUGCUUGGUGAAGGACUUUAAUGAGAAUAGAUGCAGUAUCAAAGAAGCAGCUCUUGAUCUCACACUCUACUUCCUGAGAGAGAUGAAGCAAGAUGAAGCUGCUGAUACUCUAGAAGACAAUCUGGUCUUCAUUCAUCAGCUGAAAUGUGGUUUAAAGAAGAAGUAUCAAUGUGUGUUUGAAGGAAUUGCAAAGCAAGGAGACUCUAUACUUCUGAAUAACAUCUACACAGAUCUCUAUAUCACUCAGGGUUGUAUUGAACAGGUCAAUACUGAACAUGAAGUAAGACAGAUUGAAGUGGCUUCUAGGCGUCAUGAAUCACAAGAGAUACCAAUUGAGUGCAAAAAUUUGUUUGAAGAAUCUGCACAAGACAAUGAGAUCAGAACUGUACUGACAAAAGGAGUUGCUGGUAUCGGAAAAUCAGUCUCUGUGCAAAAGUUUGUUCUGGAUUGGGCUGAAGAAAAAGAAAAUCAAGAUAUCAGCUUCAUAUUUCCUCUUCCUUUCCGAGAGUUGAACUUAAUGGAAAAAGAAAAACAAAGUUUGAUGGACCUUAUAAAUCAGUUUUUCCCAGAAAUAAAAGGAAUGAACCUUACAAGAAGAAAUAAUUUUAAAGUCCUGUUUAUCCUUGAUGGAUUGGACGAAUGUCGACUUCCUCUGAACUUUGAUGGUAAUGAAACAUGGCGUGAUGUAUCAUCACCAGUCUCUCUGGAUGUUCUCCUAACAAACCUGAUUAAGGGAAAUCUGCUUCCUUCUGCUCUCAUCUGGAUCACCACCAGACCAGCAGCUGCCAGUAAGAUUCCUCCUGACUGUAUCGACCGGCUGACAGAGAUACGGGGAUUCAAUGAUGCACAAAAGGAGGAGUACUUCAGAAAAAGAUUCAUAGAUGACAAUCUGGCCAAAGAAAUACUUGAUCAUGUUAAAAAAUCAAAGAGUCUGUUUAUCAUGUGCCACAUCCCAGUCUUCUGCUGGAUUUCAGCAACUGUUCUCCAGAACAUUUUGGAAAUUAAAACAGAUAAUAAUCAGCAAAACAAUGAGUCUGAUGACGCCUCCAAAACACUGCAGGAAUCAAACACUGUAGACACUCCUAAGACUCUAACGCAAAUGUACACACACUUUCUCCGCUUUCAGAUCCUGCAGAGUAGACGAAAGUAUGAUGGAGAAUACACACCAGAUGUUUCCUGGGAUAAAAAAGCCAUGCUUUCACUGGGGAAACUGGCAUUUCAUCAGCUGCAAAGAAACAACCUGCUCUUUUAUGACACAGAUCUGGAAUCCUGUGGUAUUGACGUCUAUACGGCAUCAGUGUAUUCAGGCAUGUGUACCCAGAUCUUUAAGGAGGAAACAGGGAUCAUUCUUGGUAAUUACUGUUUUGUUCACUUGAGCAUUCAAGAGUUUAUUGCAGCCCUUUAUGCACAUCUGUUUCUGAACAACAAAAAAGUGUUUGUUCAGUCCUCUAUGGAACAGAAAACAAAUGAAACCAUGAUUGAUUUGCUCAAGACUGCAGUAGACAAGGCACUUGAGAGUGACAAUGGACAUUUGGACCUUUUCCUUCGCUUCCUCCUCGGUCUGUCACUCCAGUCCAAUAGACUUCUCUUACGAGGUCUGUUGACACAGGAAGGCUGCAAUGACCAGAUCAAAAAGGAAAUAGUUGAGUACAUCAAGCAGAAAUUUGAAGCUAAUCUCUCUCCAGAGAGAUCCAUCAAUCUGUUCUACUGUCUGAAUGAACUGAAUGAUCAAACUCUGGUGAAAGAGAUUCAGACCCACCUUAGAGAAGGAAGUCUCUCAUCUGCUGAUCUUUCUCCUGCCCAGUGGUCUGCUGUGGCCUUUGUUUUGUUGACAUCAGAGGAGGAGCUGGAGGAAUUUGAGCUUCAGAAAUUCAAGAAAUCAGAUGAGUGUCUCAUUAGACUAUCAGCAGUCAUCAAAACCUCCAAAAGAGCACUGUUAAAUGAUUGCAACUUAACAGAUAGAAGUUGUUCAGCUCUGGUUGCAGCUCUUGGAUCAGACACCAGUCUAAAAGAGCUGAACAUGAACAAUAAUAAUCUGCAGGAUUCAGGUGUGAAGCUGCUCUGCAUUGGACUGAAGAACAUAAUAUGUAAAUUGGAGAUACUGAGUCUAAGUAUGUGUGAUCUAACAGAGGAAAGCUGUUCGGCUCUCGCUUCAGUUCUCAGUUCAGACUCCAGCAGUCUGAAGGAUCUUGACCUGAGCAAUAAUAAUCUGCAAGAUUCAGGAGUGAAGUUGCUCUCUGAUGGACUAAAUGAGAAAUGUAAACUGGAGAAACUCAGACUCUCAAACUGCAUCAUCACUGAAGAAGGUUAUAAAGCUCUGGCUUCAGCUCUGAGAUCAAAUCCUUCACACCUGAUAGAGCUGGAUCUCACAGGAAAUGAUCCUGGACAAUCAGGAGUGAAGGAGCUCAAUGAUUUACUACAGGAUCCAAACUGUCAGCUGAAGACACUGAGGUUUUUGGGUCCUGAUGCAGAUGAAGCCUGUCAGUAUGUGACUGAAAUUGUGGGUAAAAACCUGUUACUCCUAAGAGAGCUGAAUCUGAGUGGACGUAAACUAGAAGACACACGCGUGAAUCAGAUUGCUGCACUACUGCAGGAUAAACACUGCAAACUCAACACACUGAUACUGAAUAAUGACAAUAUCACAGAAGAAGGUUGUGUUGCUCUGACUUCAGCAUUUGAUUCAAACCAUUCAAACCUGAUAGAGCUGGAUCUGAGUGGAAAUACACUAGGAAAAUCAGGAAUGAUGAAGAUAUGUUGUCUGUUGAAGAAUACAAAAAGCAGACUGAUGAAACUGAAGUAUGUAUUUUCAUUUAUCUACACUUAUACAUUGUGGUCCGGUGUUGGGCCAUCCAUGCCAUCCUUGGACCCAGAGAUAGAGAAAAUCGGUCUCUCGUUGAUGCUCUUUGACGGAGGCCAGGAUGGGUGGGGCAGCCUGCCUACGCCCAGCUCCAUGGCACCGCUUGCUCUCUUUGAAGAGGGCCCAGCACAUUCCAUUGGCCGCCAGGACGAGCUCACAGCAGAGGCAAUGGAGCUCCGCCCCCCUGGAGUAAACGGAGCUGGCUCUCAGCUCCGAGAUGGAGUGAAGGAGCUUAGUGAAUUACUACAGGAACCAAACUGUCAACUGAAGACACUGAGGCGGCUCCCGACGACCGGACAGGAUGUUGACGACGUGGUCUGCCACGACCCCGAGGAGCUGGAUGAUCUGGGUGUUCCUGAUGGAAUUGGACUGUGUGGUUGCAAGAUUACAGAGAAACAGUUACUCAUCCUGACUUCAGCUUUGAAAUCAAACUUAUCACACCUGAGAGAACUGAACCUUAGUGGGAAUAAGCUCAAAGACUCUGGAGCGAAAAACCUCAGUGAUCUAAUGAUGAACCCACAAUGCAAGGUGGAAAAACUGGAGCUGUGUGGAUGCAGAGUUACAGAGAAACACUGUCUCAUCCUGACUUCAGCUCUUAAAUCAAACCCAUCACAUCUGAGAGAACUGGACCUCAGUGAGAAUAAAAAAAAAAACACAGGAGUGAAGCAUUUAUGUGACGUACUGAAGGAUCCAGACUGUAAACUGGAGAGAUUAAGUCUGCAUGACUGUGGCAUUACAGAUGCUUAUUCUUUAAUUCAGACUUUGACAAACACAAAAGCACUGCAGUUUCUAAAAGAGCUUGAUCUUAGUUACAAUAUGAUUGGAGACUCAAAAAAGCAGCUCAUUGAUGUGCUACAAGGCUCAAACUGUAAACUACUAGAAAAAGAACACUGGCUCACAGCUAGUAUAAGCAACAUUAAUUUAAGCUGAACUUCAACAGGAGGGAACCAGCAAUCACCAUCAGCGGCUAAUGAUCCGGAAGUCUCACCCAUAGGCUUACUUCCGCGUUGAAGAAAAAGGUGGAUCGCAUGGUCAGAUUUGUCUGUAAGCAUUUUUUGGCAUCUUUGUAUAGUCUCACCCAA